CCUUGUUACAGUCAACAUCAUGAAGCUGGUGAUAGUGUCGAUGCUUGUUGCCGUCUUGGUGGCCUCCAGUUAUGCUGAACCUGAAGUGAGUUCCUUCUCCACCUCCUCUACCGCAGGAGGAGGCUUUGGACUCUCCAGCCCGAGCAUUGGAGGAGGCUUUGGCUCAUUUGGUGAAGGAACACGUCACGGUUCCUUUGGAGGUGUUGGUGGAGGCUACGGUUCCGGAAGCGGCGCCACAAGUCAUUCCAUUUUCAACCUUGGAACGCCACAGGUUGGAUACGGAAGCAGCUUUGGACAUGGAGGAUCUUCAAACCUAGGUUUCGGUAGCAGCUCUCUUGGUGGUUAUGAUGGCAGUUCCUUCGGUGGAGGUUUCAGUGGCAAUUCCUUUGGUCGAGGAUUUGGUGGCAGCUCUCUUGGCGGUAGUUACGGUGCCAGCUCCCUGGGUGGUUUUGGUAGCAGGUCCCUCAGCAGUGGUUUUGGUAGUAACUCAUUUGGUGGAAGAUUCGGUGGUGGCUCUAUUGGCAGCAUCGGAGCAUCGUAUGGGAAAUAAAUAUAAGAACUGCAAGAACAUGAAACAGUAAUGAGAUUUGGAAUUCUUUCAAAUAGUAUUUAUAUUUUCCAAGCUCUCCAAACUCAACUUUCCAGCACUCAGAAUUUAGCAUUCCAGUAUUCUGAGGUCAACAUUCCAGCACUCAGACGUCAACAUUCCAACACACAGAAGUCAAAAUUCCAGAACUCAGAAAUCAACUUUCAAGCACUCAGAAGUAAACUUUCGAAUGAGAUCAUCUGCAAUGAAAAAUUGAGUUAAAUUACUUUAUUUGAGGUAUAAAUCUCAGAAGGUUUGAAAGAGACAUCAAUAUAUAUGAACAGUAUCUCAAUAUGCUUUAUAUGUUAAUCACUAACAGUUUUUAUGUAUAAUUUUCCAUGUUUGAGCACAAAACAUGUUAUCAUUAUUAAAACAAAUAAAUAGUACUAU